AAGCUGUCGUUGCUUCGCGCCAGUGCGAGGACGUGCUAACAAGAAGACAUUUGAGGAAGGGAGCUCUGUCUCUUCCACAUACAUCCAAAGAUGGCCUCCGCGGCACAAGAGGGCCGCAAUCAGUCACGGAUCUUGUUUGUGAAGAACCUCAACUACAGCAUUAAGGGCGAAGACCUUUACGAGCUAUUCGGGCGGUAUGGUCCCAUCCGGCAGAUUCGGAUAGGCGACGGGCCCAAGACGAAAGGAACAGCGUACGUCGCAUUUGAAGAGAUGAAUGACGCAAAACAAGCGCUCGACCGAUUAAACGGCUUCCAUCUGCAAGAGCGAUAUAUCGUUGUGCUCUAUCAUAUGCCACAAAAGCUAACAGCAAAAGCAGAGCUAGCGCGGAGAGAAGCUGAGCUUGAAGCUCUGAAGCAGGCGCACAACAUCACUGAUGAUCAGCGGUAGUCACCGUCAAACGAUGCCAGAUCGAUUAUCCAUCACUCUCCCGUACUGUAUUUCUAUGCAAGUUUGUUUAAUUUCGCAGCCCUUUUGCUGACCUAAACGUCCCAAAGCAAGCGAAGUUGCUCACAGCAAGAGGCUCCGAGGAGAGUGAUGGAAGCAACGU